AUGGCAGAUUCCAUUUGGCACGCUUUAUGCAAACAUCCCACUCAGCCUGUGUCAACUGAAAAAUAUGCAACGAUUGUGGACGAUGCAACCACUCAACUCCAUGAACCCAUUCACUCCAUCCUGUCAACUUUGAAUCGGCGCGCCAUGGCAUUGACCAAGCUUGCCAACUUUGAAUCAGCUCUUCACGAUGCCAAAGCUAUACAACAGCUGUCACCCUCUUUAGCGCUUGGCUAUAUACGUGCAGCCGACAUUCACAGUGAACAAGGAAAACAGCAACAAGCGAUUGACGUAUGCAUCAAGGGACUCGAUGUUGUCGAUGCCAACGAUCAUGGUUAUGCCACAUUGCAACGAGCCAAAAUGGAUGCUGAGCAACGCCUAGACACACGCAUCGACUUUAUAAGCGAACUGCCUCUCGACGUUGCUAAUACAAGCCUCGUUCCCAUGUUUAUCGACCGCCAUUUACAAUGGGAUGUACAAUGUCCUUAUUUGUAUGUGUCCAAUCUAUGGCGCAAUUGUGUUUUUCAAUUCAUGGAUGGAUCAGAAUUCGACAUUCUAUAUCAAGGCGACGAUCUUACACCAGUCGUUCAGCUUGCUCGUCAUCUCAAGAUAUUGGAGGUUGAUGAAUAUUCAAAAGGCACAUGGCUUGGUGACUUACUACGCAAUAAUGACUUUGGCUCUUUACAGCAGCUAACCAUUGGUGACGUCUCGGCCAAUUGUGUUAAUCACUUCGUUUCAUCAUUGAAGGCCGUCAGCAGCACUUUGACACAUCUUGAAAUUGAGCACGAUGGAGAGACAACCCUACCGAUCGGCGACAUUCUUGUCAACUGUCCCAAUCUGGUAUCCCUCGAGAUAACUCAGCCCAAUGCAGCACCAGAUAUCAGCUCCCUUCCAAUGACGACAUGGCCCAAAUUAACGACCUUCAACAUGUUUUUGUGUGGAAAAAACAUGAUUACCUGUGAUGAGAUCAUAGCGAUUGGCAAACGUUUUCCGUCACUCAAGAGGUUACAAGUUUCCCCAUGCGAAGAUAUGGAAUCAACACGCGUUGUCUUGGAUCAUUAUCCAUGGAUGAACAGCCUUUGCCUUAUCACGUUUGUUGUGGGGUCCUGUAUGAUUUUUCUCGACGAUGGACCCCGAUGUGAAGAUGUUGGGAUUACGAGACUCGAUCUCAUCACCUAUUGUCGGGAAAAUGGUCCUUGGAAACGCGUUAUUCACAUACUACAACAGCAUCAAAAAACGCUCGAAUCCAUCGACUUCGACGUGGCUACUUCCAAUGAACCCAGAGAGAUCUACAGCAUUGAGUACGCUCGAUUGAAGAAACUUCGUCUUUGCAAAUCUGGAUGGUGGAUACCGCACAAUGCACCUAUGCUUGAGGAAUUGGAGAUAUCAUGGUCCUGCUCACUUGGUUCAGAGUCUACCAUGCCUGACGCCAUACCAUUGCCGCCAACUUUGAAAAAACUGGAGCUACGCUUGUAUCCUGGAAAUAAUGAUACCGAGAAAGCGCCUCUUGAACGAUGCAUUCAUCAAUAUGCCCAUCAUCCCCAGUUGAAAGAACUUGUUAUUGCGUUUGACAUGUCCAAGGAUAUCGACAAUGUGCUAGAUGCAAUCCAUCACCUUGGUCAUCUUGAAUGUUUGAGCAUUGAAUGUGCUGGUAAUUGGGAUACCAUUCACAUGCAACGAUUCUUUGAUGGGCUUGGCAAAGGAUGUCCACGUUUAUCGAGCCUUGUGAUCAGCUGCAGACACGUCCCAGAAAUGUACCCAAUGAAUGCUUUGAAACGGCUCGAACAUUUGGAGGAAUUUGGGGUUUCGAUCAAGAACACACAUGACGACGAUGGGUUUUGGCAUGCAAUUCAAACCUUUUCACAACUGAAGCGUAUCCAUGUAUACCCUGGAAAUGGAACCAAUAUGGAUCAUCUUCGCCGCCUCCAUGAACAAAGGCCUGAUUUGAAGAUUGUCGUCAACAAACGGCUGACAUUCCGGUGA